AUGGAACCAGGAAGCAGUGCCGAGGGAAGAGUGCUCAUCACGGGAGGAGCUGGUUAUUUUGGCUUCCGUUUAGGUUGUGCCAUGUAUCAAAAGGGAGUUGAUGUGAUUCUCUUUGAUGUCAUGAAGCCACUUCAAACUGUGCCAGAGGGAAUGAAGUUCAUGCAAGGGAAUAUCUGUUGCCUGUCUGAAGUGGAAGAGGCUCUCAGAGAUGUGAUCUGUGUAUUCCAUAUCGCUUCCUAUGGAAUGUCUGGCAGGGAGCAGCUGAACCGAAAACUCAUAGAAGAUGUUAACGUGAAAGGAACAGAAAAUGUCAUCCAGGCCUGCAAGAGCACAGGAGUGUCGAGUCUGGUUUAUACAAGCACAUACAAUGUGAUAUUUGGAGGACAGGUUAUAGAAAAUGGGGACGAAUCUCUGCCUUACCUACCUCUUCACCUGCAUCCUGAUCACUACUCCCGAACCAAAUCUUUAGCUGAAAUGAAAGUGCUGGAGGCAAAUGGUGCUGAGCUUGGAAAUGGGAAAGGUGUAUUAAGGACUUGUGCUCUGCGACCAGCAAAACCUGGAGAGCCACCUUCCCAGAAACUUUGUCCCAGAAUAGUCAGUUACAUUGAGAGGGGACUGUUUCAAUUUGUAUACGGAGAUCCACUUAGUUUAGUAGAAUUUGUACAUGUAGACAACCUGGUUCAGGCUCAUAUCCUUGCCUCUGAGGCCCUCACAGCCAAGAAGAAGCACAUAGCUGCAGGCCAAGCCUAUUUUAUUUCAGAUGAGAGGCCUGUAAACAACUUUGAGUUUUUCCGACCAUUAGUGGAAGGUUUGGGUUACAAAUUCCCAACCCGUCGCCUUCCUCUCUCCCUUGUCUACUUUUUUGCAUUCCUUACUGAGGUAGUUCAUUGUCUUGUAGGACACAUUUAUAAUUUUCAGCCCCUCCUGACUCGCACAGAGGUUUACAAAACUGGUGUCACACAUUAUUUCAGUAUGGAGAAGGCCAGGAAGGAGCUGGGCUAUGAGCCUCAGCAGUACAGCCUGAAUGAAGUGGUGGAGUGGUUUAGAUCCCAGGGGUGUGGGGCAAAGCCAAGAAGUUACACCAUGAAGCACCUUAUUAGGCAUGGAGCCUUGCUUUUGCUGCUGAUUGCUGUGAUGGUCUCAUGGUUUCCAUCUGCAGUUACAUUUUCACUCUAA